CGAGUGUCGCGCGACUCCACGCGACCCUGUUGCCUCGCUGGCCUGUUACCUGUCGCCUGUUGCCUGUCGUGUCGCUUGAUUGCGCGCCCGGUCGCCCGGCCGCCUUUGCACGCUCUAAUCGAGUUGGAAUAGUGGGUCACAGGCAAAAGCCGUGCGCUGUGCGUGCAUCGUGACAGACCAGCAGCUUGGAGCAGGCCCUGUCCAUCCUUCUUCCUGAUUGCUAGGACGCAAGGACAGAGUCUGGCUAGAGCCUCCUGUGGCACGAUGCCCGGCCUCCUCUCGGCCAUCCCUGGCCUCUCAAACAUCCCAAACCCCUUGAACAUCUUCAACAAUGACGAUGCCCAGCACGCUCAGCAUCAAUCUCAGUCUCCAUCCUCAUCUCCAACUACCACCACCAGACCAUCUCUUCCAACUUCGGCCUCCUCAAACUCGAUGGCUGCCAACGCCCAGGCCUCAACCCCAAACGAGGGUGGCGCCUCCAAGUUUGUCUCCAUGCUCACCAAGGGCCUGGACGUCUUCACCCUCAACUCCAACCCCAGCACGCCUCAGAAGGCUGUUGCAAACGUGAACGCAGAGGCAGAGGACCCCUCCCCAACUCCGAUGCAGCCCACCGCUUCUCGAACCGACCCAGGAGUGACCGGCUCGUCUGCAUCAAGCCCAUCGCGCCUUGGCGGCAAGGCAGGCGUGGUCAUCGCAGACUCUGCUGCUGAAGGAGAUGGGCCACGCUCCAACCUCGAUGGCAAUCGCCGCCGGGGUCUCAGCUCCGCCAGCCGGGGCUCCGGUGGGGUCGUCGCUCCUUCCAGUCGACGUAAUCGACGCGUCGAGACCUAUGUGCUGGUCAAGCCGCCACCCACCUCGUCCAAGAACCCCUUGAACCUCCAGCUCCAGCUCGUCAUGCCAGCUAAGCCGGGGCGGCCUAGAGGAGGAUCAGACGCAGCCUCGAGGGCAAUGGUCCCUCCUACACCUACGUCGACUACGGCCGCCUCCACUGCGCCCAUAAUCGAUGACUCGUCGGUACCCUCCACGCCAGCCAGACAAUCGUUCGAGAGUCCGGUCGAGAAGGUCGCUAGCGGUGGAUCAGACGCGACGUCCUCGACUCCAUCAGGGUCGGUGACAUCUGACGCACCACUCUCUGAAGCUGCGUCUGGAGCUACAACUCUGCCGACGUUACCAGAGGAUCAGGCCGCGACCAAAUUGCGUCGGAGAUCGUCGACUGGGUCGCAAACUUCAACGAGUAACGCUUCGAUGAUCAGCAGUGCCUCCGGCAAGCAACGCAUCGUCCCACUUUACAAUCUCGCAGUGCACAAUGUCGUUCAGCCCACUAUCGUGACGGACGCCGGAACGGACCACAAGGUGGCCAAGUUCCUCAAGCGCAACCUGGACAUCAAUGGCGUGGGGAUCCUCGAACCUUCCGAGGUGUGGCUCCCUCUGCAUACUGGUGGAGGCUCGGUCGCCGGCAACUCACCCCGCCCGUCCAUCGACCCGAACGGUAACGCCAAACUCCCGCGCCCCGCGUCUAUGAUAUCGAAUAUGUCGCUGCUUUCGCCCGCCGUUACGCGCGAUGACGCAAAGAGAUCAAGCGUAGACGCUGGCGGAAAGCCCGGCAAGCCUGGCAAGCUCGAUGCCCACGGUCUCCGUGUCCAGGAAGAGGGUCCCAAGAAGUUCUUUGGCAAGAUAUUCCGCAAGCGGCAGAACACAGAGACACCAGAGCAGCCGAGAAGAGGAAGCGUCUCGACAUCACGGACGAGCACCGUCGUCAGCAUGGAUGCCGCUGGAAGCCUCAAGGUUCCCGCCACCCCACCAACGGCUCCAGCAGUCCACUUCAACGGUGCGGCGGAGCUGGCGCAGGUCGGCCACCCGACCUUUGGCCUAUCGCCCGCGAUGAUGGCGCGGAAUUCGUCGGUGGCCAACCUCGACCAAAACGGCGCGAUUGUCGGAUUGAUAGGCGAGGUGCCCAAGUCCGAGGGCCUCGAAUCGGACAUGAUGAACAUUGUCCGCUCCGGCCGCCCAGUCGGCUACACCUGGACCGUCCGGCGGUGGGCGAAGAAGAACACGGAGGGCUGGGCAUCGCACAUCGUCGCGGCUGCCGCGGCAGGGCUCGACAUGGUCGCGAACGCGAUUCCGGGCGACGGCUCUGACGAAGUCGUGUUCGAGUGGGUCAAGAUGCGCUUCUCCGCGACGAACGAGAGCGCCAUCGCGGCGCUGAAGCGCCACCCCGCUGCGUCAGAAGGCGCCGACCUCCUGAAGCGCGCACGACCACUGCCGACACCUUCACCAGGUCCCAGCCCAGCCGGCUCGCGCGUGAGCCUCGUAUCAGGCCAGCGGUCGUACCUCGACGCUCCAGGGACGGUCAAGGGGCGCAAGGCUCCGCCAUCGCCCGCGAGCAAGCGGCGCGGAUCGCCGCCGGCCGCGCGCUCUUCCGAUGAGGCGUCGGCCGACGUAUGCAUUCUGGACGCGGACGAACACGCCGUGCCGGCCGUGCACGAGCCCGACCAGCCCCCGACGCCCGAGGACGACGGGUACGACUCGGACCCCGAGGACAGCGAGACGCCCUGGGCGUGCAGCGUGUGGGUCAAGCGCACGGGGCAGCGUCAGCUGCUCGCGACGCUCACGCCCGCCCCGCACCACCCCAAGGUCAUUGCGGUGCUCCGGAUCCCGAGCGUGCUCAAGGGCUUGUCGCUCACCGACAUUCCUGCGCCCGUCGGCAAGUCGGCCGCCCACACCGACAUUGCGGCACGCGUCCGCGACGAGGUGUGCCUGUCCGAAGAGAAUCUCAAGGAUGUCGUCAGCGUCACGGCCAUGUGGCUUGUCGCGCGCGAAGAGUUCAGCGGCUUCGGGCGCAAAGAGAAGCGGAGGGCGUAGCGAUGGUGUCGGAAGAGCCACGCACAAGAGACAUACAUUCCGCAGGCCGCAGCUACUCUACGUGUAUUAGUAACCCCUUCGUAUCCAAGCACUACACUG